AUGGCGCCCUACACCAACAUCCCCCUCUCACCCGCCGAACUCUCAUACCUCCAUACCUCACUCUCCCAAGACCCCCCAAUCCGCCCCGACGGCCGCGCACCCACGCAAUUCCGUCCCCUCGUCGCCGAAACAGAUAUCUUACCCAGCACAAACGGCAGCGCACGAAUCUGUUUCGCCGAUGGAACGGAAGCGGUGGUUGGUGUGAAAGCAGAAGUUGAGGAGAGUAGACGUCGAGGCGGGAUACGAGUUUCUGAGGGAGGAGUUGGAGAUGUGGAUGUGGAUAUGGGCGAUGACGAUGACGAAGAAGGGGAGAGCGGGAAAGGCAGAGGCAGAGGUGAAGAGUCCUGGAUCGAAAUCUGUGUGGAGAUUCCCGGGAUGAGAGAUGAUGAUUCCCUCCCGAUUUUUUUGGCACAAAUGCUAUCCGAAGCUUUGCUUGCGGACAAAGGAAUGGUUCGGGAGCGUUUGUGGAUCAAUGAGAGGUUUCAUUGGAGGUUGUAUGUUGAUAUCCUCCUCCUCUCACAACCCCUUUCAUACCCCUUACCUCUCCUCUCAUUAACAACCCAUCUCGCCCUCCUCUCAACUCGACUCCCCGCUCUCAAAUCCCAAGGCGAUGAAGAUCCCUUCUUCGAUGAUGAUUGGGAAGCUGCGGUACAUCUCUUCCCUCGAAACGAAAAGGAAAACGCAAUCAAACCCCCAAUCACCCUUCUCAUCAUGACAGUCGACAACAACAUCCUCUUCGACCCAUCGCAAGAAGAACUCGCAGUCGCAGAUUCCGUCGUGGCGAUCUCCGCAGCGCAGGAUUUUGAGGGUGGUGAUGACGAUUUGAGAAUUUUGGCGUUGAGGAUGAUUGAUCCGCCUUCGAGACUUACGGGUGCUGGGGUGGCUGGUAAUUCUAAUGCUACUUCUGCUGCGGAGACUUUGGUGGCGAGGGAGAGGGAUUUGGAUAGGAAGGUUUGGCAGCCUCCGAGGGGGGGUGUGAGUAGGAGGUUGAUGAUGAGGAUGAUUAAGGCUGUGGUGGAGAAGGAUGGGGUUGGACGGGAGGUAUUGGAUGGGUUGCAGGGCGUGGAG